AUGACUCGUAUUAUGAAAUUAUCAUUGCUGAUCAUCGGGAUCCUUGUGCCAGUGAUAUUGGCUCACGACAAAAGAAAGUGCAGCAACUGUGAAAACUGCUGCAACAAUGAUGGGUGUGUAUCUGGUGAUAUGCAUGUGGAGGAACAAAGCAAAGGAAUCAUCCGCGUAUCACAGCUAUCCAAUGGAGACUUCAUCCGAGGAAUUUCCGGAGCUGAUCGUGAGCCUGGUUGGUGCAGAGUUGAAGCCGUUUAUCCCUCUUCGUACGAAAGCGUAACUAUAUAUGACGGUUUCACACCAAACCACAUGGUGGUGGAUGAUGACUUAGUACACCAAUUUGGAAAGAAGGGUAACAUGUCGGAAAACAUACCUUUUAAGCUGGCCACAGAGUGCGAUGCAGCCCUGAAUUACGCUGGCCAGGCGUUUACACCCAUUAGCACCGCAUUUUGUCCUCAUGAUCUGGGAUGGAGCGAGUACUUGACACUGAUGGCCGCUAUUCGACGCGUCACAGAUCGCACUGGAUUUUUCUGGUAUUUCAGCGAUGCCUUCCAUGACAACAGCACAGCUCAUAUUCCAAAGUGGAUGGAUACGCUGCAUGAAAUGUGCCUGGAGCUCUUGAGCUGCGCCCGCGAUGGAAAAUGCCAGCAGUUUGAGAACGUGAUGGCGGAGUUCGUUCGAGAACACGUGAAUAAGAGGUACGUGGGCAUCGUUGAAGUUGUGUUUCCCAACAUGGGCGGUGAUGUGAGUAAAGAGGAAGCUGGUACUAUCACUGAGACUGUUCGACCUAAGGGAAUGAGAAGCAUUAUGCUCAUGUCUGCUGUCGGCAGCGCCAUUGUUGGGUUCUUGCUCGUCGUGCUUAUCGCAGCCAUACUGUACAGGAAAAAACACCGCCCAGGAGACAAGAAAUUGCAGGUUUUGCAAGCCAACCACCCUUGCGUCGACUAUGGAAAGGCUUAA